AUGAAGAAGCAGCAGAGGUUCUUGAAUGAGGAUGGGGAUGGCGAUGGCAAUGGCGAUGGGAGGAAACCAAAUGCCCUCCCUCCCCUGGAUGACUGGGCCAGUGAGGCUGAUGUGCAAGACUUCAGCACUGGGCAAGGAGGUGACCACCCCCACCUUUCUCACCAAGCCUUGACCCAGGACCCCCAAGAGAGGGAGGCAAGCAGCGCUGACUCGGGUACCAUCCAGAUCAAAGACAAGCUGAAGACGAAGAGGAUGUCUGAGGGCCUGUCAGCCUCAUACAGAGGCCUGACUGACUGCGAUGACCCCACGGGGGUUACCCUGAAGCCAGUAGAUUCUGGAUCAGCUUCCCAGAAGCUCCGGGUAACCUCCAAGACCAUGUCUGCCACCCAGAACAGACCUGUUUCCUCAGAGACCAGCAUGUUAAGUGAUGGAGAGCAGGCGCAUGGGGAAAAUGACACAGACUAUGAUGCCAGUGAUGAGGAUAACAUGGAGCUGAUGUCAGAGAGCAAAGGAUAUAAAAUAAGGAAACCAAGCCAAGCAUGUGUAGUGGAUCUUCAGUUUAUUUCCAAGGUCCAGACUUUGGAACCCAUUUUGCCUGCUCUCCAGCAUCGCGUUGCUCGUGACGUGAAGUCUGCCAGACGUUUGCGUGAACCUGUGUCCCCAUUGCCAAGCCUCCCACCCAGACAGGCCAAGGAGACAAGCCACCGUGUGAGGCCUCGCCUUCUGAGUGUCGAUGACUUCAAGAUCAGCAAUGAAAAGAUCCGUGUUGUCUUGUACGAGUCAGCUUGGAUGAAAAUAGACCAACAGCAAAUGAGAGAGAGGAAGAUUGUGCUUAGGGAGAGGGAGGAAGAGACAGAAAAGUCCUUGCGGCUCCCUGCACUGAACAUUGACCCCGGGGAUGCAGCCAACAAAAGCUUUGGCCCACCGCCUGUCAGUGGGACAGUUCCCGGCAUGAGCAAUACAUGCAAAGAGAGCGCUGGUACUGCCUUGAGGAAGCGGUUCAACAGGCCCUCACUUCCCAGCGUCCCUGUCAUCAACAAGGACAGCAGAGUCCCACGCAAGCCCUCAGUGAACUCACUGCCGCCCAUUGCUCUGGACUCCUCCAAGGCGGGAGAUGAGCCAGAGCGCAGGGACGCCCAGGAAGCCAAACCCGACCCUAACCCACAGCAGGCGCUGCUCAACGCGCUCACAUGGCUCAGCAGCGGUGACUGGGAGGAGAAAGUGAAGGGACUCAUCAGCAUCAGACGCCUGGCUAUCUCCCACUCAGAAGUCCUUCUUUCUACACUUCAUGAUGUUUCCUUGGUAGUUAUCAAAGAGGUGAACAAUCUCCGCUCAAAGGUGUGUUGCUGUGCAAUCAACACUCUUGGAGAGCCCUUCAGGACCAUGAAGAAGGACAUGGACAAUGAAGUGGAUGAGAUUGCUCAGGUCUUGCUGCGGAAGAUGGGGGACUCCAGCGACUUCAUUCAGAGAGCAGCCAAUCAGUCCCUGGGGCUCAUGGUGGGGAGUGUGACUCCUGCACGAGCAAUGGCUGCUCUCAUGGCCAGUGGAGUCCAACACCGCAAUGUCCUGGUGCGCAAGACUGCGGCCGAACACCUCCUGACUGCGAUGGAGCGAAUUGGAGCCAAGAAGCUCCUUUCAGGCAUACCUACCAGUACUGAGGUGCUGGUGUGCAUGCUGGUGAAUCUUGCUCUGGACUGUCAUCAGGACACAAGGUGAUGAUCUUCAUUUCACCUCCUAAAAUGUGAAAACUGUUUGAUGUCUGGCUAUAAAUGAUAAAACCACAAAAGAGUGGUGGAUGACGUCUGGGGAGAUGACUGUACUGGGUAAGAUAAGAUUGUCCAGCAAGAGGGACCAUUGACAAA